GAGGACGAGAGUCGAUGGAAAAAUUGGUCCCGAUCUGGUUUGAGAAGCCUUUACCUUUGUCCUGGUUGCCCAGUCGCAGGCUGCUCGCAUAAGGACACUAAAGCUAGACAAAGACUGGCGAAGAAACGCCGAAUCGUGAAAGCCCGCCGUGGAAGGGCGCGACAGUUCAGACUUAAGUGGAAAAAAAGCUAACGCAUAAUAUCUAAGCAUGUACUUUCUGCACCUGAUCGGAAAGCGCUUAGUUCAGUGUACGCCUUAGUGGCAGCAUGUCUUGGAUACCUCCGAAUAUAGCAGAAUCAUGUGCGGUGUACACCAACCUCACCAGUUGUCAGCCGCCGACGUUCAUGUUCCUGCAGCUCAUCACGCAAUUAUUUGGACAGUCGCUUGACUCCGAAUACGACAUUUACGGGCAAAGUGGUUACGAUUUUGGUUCAAAUAUUUACGGGUACCCCGGCGGCGGCGGCGGCGGCAGUGACGAGUACCAUCAGCCCAGAGGGCGAGAGUACGAUUUCAUUGUGCUAGGUGCAGGAAGUGCAGGAUGUGUGCUGGCUAACCGACUUACGGAGAUACCCUCAUGGAGCGUUCUGCUGCUGGAAGCUGGAGACGAGGAGCCGGAGGUAGCGGACGUGCCCGCCUUCGCGCCCGUCUUGCAGCAGUCCAGUAUCGAUUGGGGCUUUUCGACGCAACCUGACCCCAACAGUUGUCUAGCCCGCCAGAACGGGCAAUGUUCAUGGGCGAGAGGCAAAGUGAUGGGUGGCUCCUCCACGAUCAACUACAUGAUCUACAUCCGGGGAAACCCGCGGGAUUACGACGAAUGGGCCGAAGCGGGCAACCCUGGGUGGUCCUGGCGGGAAGUCCUCCCUUACUUCAUGAAGUCGGAAGAUAACCACAACAUUGACACCGUCGAGCGCCAGGCCCACGGGGUUGGUGGUUACCUCAGCGUGGAACGAUUCCAGUUCCAGGAAAACAACGUGCGUUCGCUUUUCGAAGCUUUCCAAGAGUUGGGGUUGCCUGUGGUUGACCAAAACGCCGGCAGGCAGAUUGGAACCAUGAUGCUUCAAACCACCACAAGGAGUGGACGGCGGGAGAGCGCGAAUCUGGCGUUUAUCCGACCGAUUAGGAGGAAGCGAAAGAAUUUGACCAUUGAGACCAAGGCGUACAUUAUCCGAGUGCUGAUUGACCCGCACACCAAGGUCGCGUAUGGUGUGGAGUACGAGAAGAAUGGUAAAUUGUUCCAGGCGAGAGCAAGGAAAGAGGUUCUUGUCACAUGUGGUACGAUCAUGACGCCCAAAGUCCUGAUGUUGAGUGGAGUUGGGCCAGCGCAACAUUUGCAAAAUUUGGGGAUCCAGGUCAUUAAGGACCUCCCAGUGGGUUACAAUUUGAUGGAUCACCCCACCAUCGACGGUGUUAUGUUCCAAAUAAGCAACGAAUCGGCGACUCUUGUCGAACCGGAGCAAAUAACUCGCGAUGUUUUCUACUACAGGGAGGAACAAGCGGGUCCUUUAUCCUCGACAGGUCCUUUACAAGUAAACACUUUCGUGCAAACGAAGUACGAACUAGAACCAGGCCGACCCGACAUCCAAUAUUCCAUUGACACCGCCAAUGUCGUGGACUACGUCACUGACCUCAUUCUAGCCUCCACGACCAAAGUUAGCCCCCUUUCCUAUUACAACGGCUUUAUCAUCCGUCCGAUUUUGCUCAACCCUGUAAGCAGAGGCGUCAUCAAGCUGAAUAGCACUGACCCUAUCUACGGCUACCCGAUAAUUUACGCAAACACGUUUAACGAACAAAUCGACGCCUUGACCAUGGUUGAGGGAAUUAAGCAAAGUUUGAAUUUGCUCAAAACUCGCGCCAUGCAAAGAAUGGGCGUGAGCUUGAUUACCACUCCGGUGGCCGCCUGUGAUGGUUACAGCUUUGGUACUGAGGACUACUGGUUGUGCUUAGUCCGGUCCUACACUAGCACCAUGUACCAUUAUGCUGGUACCUGCAAAAUGGGCCCCAAACACGAUCCAUUUGCGGUGGUCGAUCCCAAGUUGCGAGUGUAUGGCAUCAAAAAUUUGAGAGUUAUCGACACCUCCAUUAUGCCCAGGGUUACUAGAGGUAACACAAACGCUCCCACUAUUAUGAUCGCUGAGAAAGGAGCCGAUUUUAUCAAGGAGACGUGGUUGAAGAAGAAGUUUUCGCUUCCGAAAAUUCCAAAAAUCCCGCAAAUCCCGAAAAUGGAUUUUAAACAAAUGAUUAAAACGUUUUUCUUUAAUCAUUAACUGAAAGAGGCCUAAAAAGUGCCUCGUCUUCCGCUUACAUCACUACACAAAACAUUAGAUGCAUUAGAAAUAUCUAUAAUAAUUUUUGGUAAUUAUAAAUUUUCUAUUUACAUUCAGAAAUUGCACUAAAAUUGUUGAUAUUUAUGCUGCAUCUACCUUACCAACAGAUGGGUCAUACUAUCCAGCAACAUAUAAAAAGUGUGGUAAUAGAAAAGAAACGAAAAAUCGAUCAUUUUGUUUGGCCUCAGUUCUUUGUUUAUAUUUUUUAAGCAACGUUGCGGUAUUCACUUACCAGAAACGAUCGUCAGCGAUGCAAAAAGAAUUUACGUUGAGCAAAAGAAAUCAACGGUUUGUGUUUUCUGGAGUAAUUGCAACUUGAAGUUAAUUGAUUUUAAAAUUUGCCAUUAAUUUGUAAACACUUUUCCAGCCUUACCAAGCUUUUAACAAAACUCGGUAGUAAUGGCAAAGUACUAUUUUAUUUAGUUUCGGACAGCACUCUAAACGACUAACGCCGUCUUAGUCUAUUUUUUAGACUGCUUUUGUUGCAAUUUUCUUUCCGAAAUACUUCCAAAUAAAAUAAUAUUUCGAUAUCCGUUAAGUGUACCAAAUCAUUUACCAGUUCGAACGGAUAUCCGUGUUUGUUUCUAUUGUUUGGUAUGAAGGUUGAAAUUCGUCUAUUUUGCACAAAACAAUUACUGAUCCAUCUGUUAAUUAACUUAUUUAUUUAUUCAGGUCUUGUACAAAAAUCGAACCGUUUAAAACAUUAUUUAACACACAAUACAUAUUUUGUUAUAAGUAACUUAUUUUUGUAGAAUUGCUUACCACAGUAGUUACCAAUAAUAAUUCAGGUUUAAUAAGUGGGUACGUAUGUAGAAGAGGGUUUAUUAAAUUACAACAAGCUUUUGUGAAUAUCUUUUCAGGUUCAGCAUGAUUUUGAAUCAAGCUUACCUAAGCGACUUUAUUGUUACAAUUUUUAUAUUAUAGCUAGAGGUAAAGUCUACUGUGCUAACGUUAUGUAGCAUAGUAGGAGUAAUAUAUUUUUAAGUCAUGUAGUUGUUUCUGGUUACGCAUGUAUAUAAUAAUCCUUACAUUGUUACAUUAAGAAGCUACCAAAUGUGUUAUCAAGUCAACAUUGUAGUCUAACUAAGCAUCAAGUAGAGUAGAUUUGUUACAGAUCCUAUUGUAUUGUUAUAAUCCAGUCUUGUAAAUAAACAAGUUUAUUAAAUAAAACCAUAAAAAUCAAAA